UCAUACUGUGUUUGGCAUCAGAGGUCAUGGAUUAUCCAGAAUAUGUCCACUCCUGACCUCAAGACUGAGAUCUCUUUGUGCAAUAAAUUCCUUCAAUUUGAUGAACGGAACUUUCUUUGUUGGGAUUACCGGCGGUUUGUGUCACAUUUGGCCGGAGAUAACGUCGAAUCGGAAUUGGAAUUCACUUUACAUAAGAUUCAGCAAAACUUUUCAAACUUCAGUUCUUGGUAUUACCGGAGCUGUCUGUUCAGGUCUGCGGCCAAUAAUCAUAGCUAUGACUUCAGUAAACAAUGGAAACAAGAGUACGAUUUGGUAGAGAACGCCAUAUUCACGGACCCGACUGACCAGUCGGCCUGGUUUUACCAUAAAUGGCUCGUCUCUACUAAUUAUGGCCGCAAUAUUCUUCCCUCAAAACAAUUAGAUAAUGAAAACAGUGUUAAAAUCAACAGAAUUGUAUUGAAUAGAAGUCAAGGGCUACUCGUUCUCAAUCUGUCCCGUCCUCUGAAACACAAGCCUUUAGUAUCAGUCGUUGUAAACGACAAAAUGCUGACCAAUUGUGACUGGAAUUCGCCCAAUGAUACCGACUCUAAAGUUUGGUUCAUUCAUUUGGAUCCCUUCCCCACCACUCAAAUCAAUGGACUAACUAUUAGUCCAAUUCCAACAUUUGCCAAAAAUCCAGAAUUAGUUGAAUUAAUUGAUUUAAAACUUGAUUCCAACGAAACAAAUGAAAAACAUUUGUUUGUUUGGGAGAGAAAGUCACACAAUUUGGACCAACAGUGGACUCUAGAGGAGUCUUAUCUGAAGACAUUGCGUGAAUUACACAAAUUAGAGCCAAACAAUAAAUGGGUGAACCUAACCCUUGCAUGGAAUGAACCAAACAAAUCGGAAACGGGCUCUAUAUUUGAUACACUCAUUAAAUUGGAUCCAUUGAGAAACAAUUACUACAACGACUUGAGUGAGUAA